AUGCGUCUCUCGAAUCUUUUGGUCCCGGCCUCUCUGGUUCAUCUGGUCCUAGCCAGGGCUUUUCCUGCUGAGAAGCUGAAAGGCCGACAGCUGGAUCAGGAACCUGUUUGUUCCUCAGCCCAGCCGACGACGAAAGCUCCUCACAAGAACUUUUGGGGUUCUCUGACCAAAAAGGAGACUGCCGAUGUGCUUGCUCUUCUGCAUAGCAAUGCAACAGGUUUCAACCUGACCGUUGCAGACAAGGCUACCAGCCGAGACAACAAGAUUAUGUCUAUUGAACUCAUGAUGCCUAACAAGAGCGAUGUCCUUCCAUUCCUGUCAGAUAGCAACGGUGCCCCAACACGAUACGCCCUCGCUGCAGUCAUGUUUGGUGCACCCGAGGAAGCCUAUCUCCAGGAAUUCAAGGUUGGACCGCUGCCGAUCACUAAUUCAUCAGUUGUCGCGCCUUACACUUUUGCAAACACAAAGGCUGGUGACGGUAAGAUUGCAGUUGCCAACCCUGAUACGCAGGAGUAUGCCGAUUUCAAUCUUAAGAUUAUGAAGGAGGCAGAGGACGUGACCAAGCGUCUUUGGAACCUGACGGUCGAUGAUGGACUCCAGAUCCCAUUAGCUUUUGCGGCCCCUCUCAAUGUUACUGAAGGAAGGGUCAUCAUGUGGCAAGGUUUCAACGCGCCUGUCACCAGCAUCUACGACACUAUUUCACUACUCCCACUGGGCCUGUUCUUGAGGACGGACAUCACAGGUCGUGAUCCUAGUAAGUGGAAGGUGACUGGGUGGGUAUACAACAAUGAAUUCUACAAAGAUCUCGAUGGUCUCCGCGCAGCUAUGGACGAACCCGGCUUUAAGGCCCUGGGAAUGAAUCUGGACGAGCCUUGGGCCCACACUACCAAACAGGGUGAUGAUCUCCCUCUGGACGACGAAGUUCCCCCAGCAUCUGUUCAAUCUGGCAAGUCGAGAUUCUCUGUUGAUGAGGAUGAGAGUUAUGUGACCUGGAUGGACUUUUCUUUCUACACCAGCAUCACCCGAGACAAUGGGCUUCGGCUUUAUGAUGUUAGAUACAAGGGCAAGAGGAUUCUCUACGAGCUCGGAAUGGAUGAAGCCAUCGCGCAUUAUGCAGGCAUUGAUCCCGUACAAUCUGGAAUCUGUUAUUUUGACAGCAUGUCUGGAUUCGCCCCCGCAAUGAUCUCCCUCGUCAAGGGUUACGACUGCCCAGCCUAUUCGCACUACGUCAAUGUCACUGAGACCACAGGCGAGAAAACAUUCACUCAGAAGGACGGCCUCUGCAUGUUCGAGAUCGACAAGGGUUACCCUAUCCAGCGACACUCCUGGGCCGGACACACCACCGUGACAAAGAAUAUCGCUUUCAAUGUCCGAGCUAUCUACACAAUCGGAAACUACGACUACAUGAUGACCUAUUCGUUCCACCUUGACGGUUCAAUCGAAGUAUCUGUCAGAGCAUCGGGCUAUAUCUCGUCGGCAUUCUACGCUCAGAACGAAGACUACGGUUUCAAGAUCCACGACAGUCUUUCUGGAUCUCUCCAUGAUCACGUCAUCACAUUCAAAGCCGAUUUCGACAUCUUGGGGGAGAAGAACUCUUUGCAAAAGAUUGCCAUUGAACCUACGACUGAGAAAUAUAAGUGGUCUGAUAUGACACGCAACACUAUGAAGGCAGUCAAGAGCUUCAUCGAGAAUGAAGAUGAUGGCAAGAUCAACUGGACUCCCAAUGGUGGCUCAAUGUAUGCUGUGGUCAACAAAGACGCGAAAAAUGCCUACGGAGAAAACCCCGGUUGGAGGAUUGCACCAGCUACUGGUGUGGCUUAUCUCACCGUCGAAGACUCGUCGGUUACACAGAACGCUGCUCACCAUGCAACCCAUCAUCUUUAUGUCACUCGACAAAAAGAUAACGAGUUGUAUGCUGUCGGAGCCUUCAAUUCGCUGACUCCCGCGGAUCCCCAGGUUGACUUUAACAAGUAUUUCGACGGCGAGUCGCUUGACCAAGAGGACAUUGUUGUUUGGUUCAAUCUGGGAAUGCAUCACAUGCCUCACACAGGUGAUCUUCCCAACACCGUCUUCUCGACCGCGCACUCAGCCAUGCUCAUUGAGCCUUUCAACUAUAAUGUGGGCGAUCCUUCGCAAGCUAGUUCCCAGCAAGUCUUGAUCAAGGUCAACAAGGAGGGUGGCAAGGCUGAGGUUGUUACUCACGGCGCAAAGAAUGCUACUUGUCCAAUUGAUCUGGCACAACUGAACCCUGAUCUGUCAGAUUAUUCUAACAGCAUCAGUGUUCUCAAGUACCCCUUCGAUGGAUCAAAGCCAGACCGGUCUUGA